GCCAGAUACUCAACCUCCACGGAUCCGCCUUCCUCGUUGUCACCUCCCCAUCUCCCUAACCAUAUCAUAUUCUCAGGUGAUCUUUACCAAACUUGUGAAUCAAACUAGAAUAUGCCACCUCCGAGUUUUAUAGAAGGUGAAAUCCCCUUUGACGCUCCUGGUACGUCGAAGCCAUGCAAGACAUGGUAUAAGGUCGUUGGAGACUUGACGACUCCGCCUCUCGUCGCGCUCCACGGCGGUCCAGGUGCUGGCCAUGAAUACCUUACCAGCCUUACCGAUUUGCACGAAAAGUAUAAAAUCCCGAUAAUCUAUUAUGACCAAAUCGGAUGUGGCCGCUCUACUCGUUUCCCAGAGAAGACAGGAGACGAUUUAUUCUGGACGUUCAAUCUAUUCAUCCAGGAGCUGGAGAACCUCGUCAGGCACUUCAAUCUACACCAGUUGGGGUUUUAUAUCCUCGGUCAGAGCUGGGGCGGCAUUUUUGGCGGCGCCUACGCUUCCAGUCGCCCGGAGGGACUAAGAAAACUUGUGCUAGCGGGCGCGCCUGCAAGUAUCCCACUCUACGCAAAAGGUUGCAGAGAUCUCUUAUCUCAGCUUCCAAAGGACGUUCGUGAGACAAUUGAGGAAUGCGAGAGAAAGGGAGAUUUUGAAAGUCCGGAGUACGAAAAGGCGAGUGCCGUAUUCUACGGUCAGCAUGUUUGCAGACUUGAUCCCUUCCCCGAGCCAGUCAUGAUGGCAUUUCAGCACCUUCACGAAGACCCCACCGCGUAUCUGACAAUACAAGGGCCGUCCGAAUUUACCAUCAUCGGCAACUUCAAGGACUGGGAGGGCUGGAAAGAGGCCCACAACAUCAACGUCCCGACUUUGCUCAUAAAUGGAAAAUAUGACGAAGUUACAGAUUCUUGCGUCAAACCCUGGUUUAACACCAUUCCUCGAAUUAGGUGGGUGACGUUAGAGAACUCAUCACAUAUGACUCACUUUGAGGAGCGAGACCGAUUCAUGGAGCUUUGCGGGGAAUUCCUCAGCAACGACUAAAGCACCAGGAUUCUGUCUUCUUAGCCGUCCCUCACCAUGGAAAAGACCGGACUCGACUUCCUUUUGCUACCGCCGUGGCGGCAUUGUCGACUACUUCGUAGCCCACUCCUGUGUCAUCAGGUGAUCCUGAAGACUUUCUCUAACCACUAGAAGAUUGAUGUGGACUAGGACUUCGUAAAGUUCUAAUGGCUUCCUGUCCCCGAUUCUAGAGAAGUAGCUUAGGCAUAUUAAAUAUAUCGGCCGCGAGUAUGAUCUUCCUUUUUUGGAGUGGAUGUUUCGAUUUUACCUUCGUAUAAGGCCCAUACACCUAUAGCCUUGAUUGUGGUGUUGACAAACACG